UUAAUAUUAAUGGCCACGUUGGCCAGUCUCAGCUUUAGCCAGAGUGAUGCCCAAACUACCUGUAAGAAUGGACUGGGACGCGUGCUCUAUGAACGCCUACCCAAUCAGCAAUUGCAGGGUUACGACGACGAUGUGGUCCGGGAUACGGCACCACCAUUCCGAGUGCUGGAGAAGUGUCAGGAUCUGUGCCUGCGCGAUCGCACCGGCACUAAUAAUCUAGUACGCACUUGCACAAGCUUCGACUUUCAGCCGGGUAGCCGGAUCACCUCGUUCGGGGGCACCUCUGAAUACGAGGAGUCACUGUGUUAUCUGACCUCGGAGCAGGCCGGACCUGAGGGUAUUGGCAGUUUGAUGCUGGUGCCCAAUAGCGUUCAUUUUAACGAGAUCUGUCUGACAUCUAGCCGCCCGGAGCGGGAGUGUCCCAGUCGACGUUAUGUAUUUGAGAGGCAUCCGCGCAAGAAACUCAAGUUGCCCAUCAGCGACAUCAAGGAGAUAACCGCCGCCAAUCGCUCGGACUGUGAGGACAAAUGUCUGAACGAGUUCUCAUUUGUAUGCCGAUCUGCUAACUUUGAUUCCACCAUGCGCUCCUGUACACUGAGCCGAUUUACUCGACGCACGCAUCCAGAACUCAUGGAGGACGACCCCAAUUCUGAUUAUCUUGAGAAUACGUGCUUAAACGCUGAAAGACGCUGCGAUGGUCUUGCUGUCUUUGUCAAGGAGGAGAACAAGCGCCUGGGCGGCCCCUUUGAAGUGGACAUCUUUAAUAAUAUGACGCUAGAGGAGUGCCAGACGAUGUGCUUGCGUGCCGAAAAAUACUUUUGCCGUUCGGUGGAGUUUGAUGAUCAAAGCAAACAGUGCAUACUCUCGGAGGAGGAUUCUAUUUCGCAGAAGGAUGACAUUAGCAUCAGCUCGAGUCCGACACAUCAUUUUUAUGAUCUAGUAUGCCUCGAUAAUCAACGAGCCAACGAUUAUCCAGAUAACUCUGUUACCUCGCACCUCUUUUCAAGUGGCCGUCGGCCAGAUACAGCAUUCCAGCGUUACCGCAACUCACGAUUAGGCGGUGAGUUUCACUCAGAAAUCACGGGACGUUCUCUCAGCGAGUGCCUGGACGAGUGCCUGCGCCAGACGAGCUUCCAGUGCAGGUCUGCGGUUUAUAGCGAUCGCUUUCGUACUUGUCGCCUCAGUCGGUACAAUCAAAAGGAUGGCAUGCGCAUUAUCUACGAUGCUGAUUAUGAUUACUACGAGAAUCUAAUGUUAAACGUUGUGGGCGGCGCCGAUGGCGAUACAAGCCAUGGAGGCCAUGGUGGGAGCGAUGGCAAGCGACCUAGUGAUCAGUCUGGCAGCAACUGGAGACAGCCUAACAAGCAAGACGAUCGCUAUGAUCGUCCGGGGUCAACUGGUGGUUCUAAUAUGGGCGGUUCCAACUCUGGCAUUGGCGCUCAUGGUGGUACAAGUGGCAAUAGGUUGCCUCCUGGCGAUGGUAUUGAUUACAAUAGGCCAUACGAUCGCUAUCCGGACUUUGCUGCCAACGAAUAUGAUCGCUACCCGAAUGGCGAUCGUGAUCGUGAUCGUGAGCGUGAUAGGGAUCGUGAUCGUGAUCGUGAUCGUUAUCCACCUGAUCGCUAUGCUGGUGGCGGCUCUCGUUAUCCUGGCCCUGGUCCUGGUGGCAGCGAUGGCAUGGGAUAUGGUCGACCCUAUGAUCGCUAUCCAGAAGACUAUGAUCGGUAUCCUGUGGGUGCAGGUGGUGAGAGAGAUCGAGAUCGUGAGCGCUACCCCGAACGCUAUCCACCCGAUCGUUAUGGAGACAGACGCUAUCCGGAUAGGGAACGGGAUCCAGAUCGUGACCGUGAUCGUGACCGAGAUCGUGAUCGUGACCGUGAUCGGUUGCCUUAUCGCCCAUUGCCUUAUCCGGCCAUCAAUGAUAAUACAUUGCCCAGCGAUCUGCCCCACACUCGACCCUUUCCCAGCGACGACGAUGUGCCCUAUAGACCCUACGGAUAUGGCGGUGGCGGCCGUUACGGUGACAAUCGCUAUAACAGUCGUUAUCCGCCACGCUAUCCUCCUAGCCGUGAUCCUGUGGGUGGUUAUACUGGCCGUGAUGCGCCCGACAGCAUAUUCCCGGACAGGCGCUAUCGCCCCUCCUCCAUGGAUGGGCCGCGCUAUCCCUAUGCACCCGACUCACGUGCCCCGCCCGGACGCUAUGAUGAUAUUGUACACAGUGCGAGACGUCCUGAACCGGAUUCGGCCAAACGAUAUCCACCCGCUCCACUGGCGCCUACUGGCAGCGCCACCAAGUAUGCCUCGACCCCGAAUCGGUUUCCGGUAGGUAGUGAUCGGUAUCCCAUUGACAUCUACAAAUACGGUAAUCGCCUCGGUCCCAGUGAUAUUGGCAGACGCCCCGGAUUAGAUCGUCCGCCGUCCUACUAUGACUAUGAUUAUGAGGAGCGCUAUGGCGAUCGUUUUGCACCGGGACAUUACGAUCGAGAGUACGAUAGUCCGCCGAGUCGGCGACCCGGUGGCUCAUAUGGACGCUAUGACACGCCCUUUAAUCGGCCCUACGGCGGUGGAGGUGGCAGCUUAGAUGAUCGUCCGUUACCCCUACCCGGAUUGGGCCAUUCACAUCCACCCACCCCGUACGGUGGCGGUGGCGGUGGUGGUGGUGGUGCUCAUAUAGGAGUUGGUGUUGCAGGCGCUGGACCGCCUCGACCACCCAUCACACGUUGCGAGGAAAGUGACAACUUCAAGCAGAUUGCAGCCAGACACAAAAUGCGCCGUAAUUUCGUAAGACGCGCGUUGAUUGUCCCAAGUCUGAUACAGUGCGAACGGGAAUGCAUCGAGAGUCGGGACUUUGUGUGCCGUAGCUUUAACUACAGAGAUACCGCCUCCAGCUACGAUGACCGGGACCGCGAUCGUGAUCGAGAACGUGGGGACCGUGAGUCGCCCAACUGUGAGCUGAGCGACAGAGAUUCGCGAGAGUUGGACAUACACGAUCCGGGCACAUUUGAUGCCUCCAACUAUGACUUCUAUGAGCGCAGCAUUGGACGCAGCGAUGGCGAGUGCAUGGAUGUUACGCAGACGUGCAAUGAGGAAGGCAUGGAAUUUACCAUUCGCACACCUGAGGGCUUUCUCGGACGCAUCUACACAUAUGGCUUCUACGAUCGCUGCUUCUUCCGCGGCAAUGGGGGCACAGUCAAUGUACUGAGGAUAAGCGGACCCCAGGGUUAUCCGGACUGUGGCACACAGCGCUACGGCGACACGCUAACUAAUAUUGUGGUGGUGCAGUUUUCGGACAACGUACAAACGAGUCGCGAUAAGCGUUACAAUCUCACUUGCAUCUUUCGAGGCCCCGGCGAGGCGGUAGUCAGUUCUGGCUACAUUGGCGCGGGCUCGGGCAGUCCCAUACCCAUCGAGUAUUUGCCGGCAGAGAACACGCUUAGCUCCAAGGUGCGCUUGAGUAUUCUUUAUCAGGGCAGACCCACAACUACAAUUGCUGUUGGCGAUCCGUUGACAUUCCGCCUGGAGGCACAGGAUGGCUAUAAUCAUGUAACAGACAUUUUUGCCACCAAUGUGGUGGCCAGAGAUCCCUACUCUGGACGCAGCAUACAGCUCAUAGAUCGUUUUGGCUGCCCUGUCGAUCCUUACGUAUUCCCAGAGCUAGACAAGCUACGCGAUGGCGACACCUUGGAGGCACGCUUCAAUGCCUUCAAAAUACCUGAGUCUAAUUUCUUAGUGUUUGAGGCAACUGUGCGCUCCUGCAGGGAGGGAUGCCAGCCAGCCUAUUGUCCGGGUCCUGCAGGUCGGCAGGAGCCCUCCUUUGGCCGCAAACGACGUAGCUUGGAUCUAAGCGAAAUACCAGAGCCACAAGCACUUGAAACCGUAAAUCCACUGGACACUGAGGAGAUUACUGUGGUGAAUAGCACCACAGUCAGUGCUACACUGGGUGGUGCACAGUUCAAUGCCACAGAAGAAAUCGACAAGCCCAAGGAAUCUGAAGAGCCAGAGCAAGUCCGCGAAAUGAUUGAGGUUUUUGAGACGCGAGAGGAAAUUGAAAAGGAAUCGUAUCCACGCAAACUAGUUGCACCUGUGGAAACAGUUUGCAUGACGCCGGCCGAAUAUCAUGGCUUGAUCACAGCUAUAAUACUGCUAAUGAUCUUGCUCUUUAGCAUAACGCUAGUUGCCGGAAUGGGAUACAGACGCUACUGGAAGUCCAUAUCGAAGAAUCGUUUAGUCGAUCGCAACUCGCCCAUACAUUCGUUGGGACGCUCGCACUCCUCGAUACGCACCCACGAGCGCUUCACCGAAAUCGGUCACAUGCCCAAUGGAACUGUUGGUGGUGGUGGAGGUACCAAUCAGAGUACAUCAAAUCGCGCCUCAAACGCUUUUCGCACCAACAUGUCCAUGUUUGGCGGCUCAUUACACAAGACUUUUGCCACAGGCAAUCUGGCACGCAUGUGCCAGCUGCCGGUCAUAAAUCCCAUUCGCUCGAGCGGCAACACCAAUCACCAGUUUGAGGAUCCAAGUGAGCCCAUCUACACUGAUCCAUCUUUGUUUGAGCGCUCCAGGAAUCCCAAGGCCAUAAGAAUCGUUCGCAAUUAUCGCUGCGAAGUCUGACCAUGGUGGCAGAAUCCGAAGAUAAUCAAGAGGUCUAAGCAUAUGCACAAGGAAAUUUGCUCGUCUUCUUGUGAUUAGUUGUAAAUACCCAAAGCGUACUAUUCAACAAAGCCAGCCCAAUAAAGAUGGAUACAUCGGAACAAUCUGGUUAACAUAUGGAUAUAUACUUAUACGUAGGGCCAGCAAUAUGCGCCCGUUAAUUUGCUUAAGGUCCUGCACCUGCAUUCAGUUACCUCUGGCAUAAAUAUGUUUGAGGCUCAAUACCUAUAUUGAUAUCAAUUAGAAGUAAGCCUUAAAAUCGAACAAAUCUAUUAAUAUUAACAGCAUAAUGA